AUGAUGGAGGAGCACCACCGGGCGCUGGUCGAGGAGAGCUCUGGUUCUUUCCGAAGACGCGCCAACUCCCUGAUCGCGCCCCGGGGCGGAGCGGUGCACGGCGGCGAGCAGCAAGGGGUCGCGCCGAUGCACGGAAGCCGAAGGCCGUUCGGCAGCACCAAUGGCAGAAUGGAGGGGCCCUUCGGACUGGAAGAGCGCAUGAGGAGCGGGCGCGGGGGCGGCGGGGGCGGGCGCCAUGGCUCCGGGUUCUCGUACGCUCACGACGACGGUCGUGGUGGCGGCAGCGGUCCCCCCGGCUUUCCGAUGGACGGAAGAGGAAGCUUGAGAAUGGACAGCGACGGCACGAUGCACACCACCCUGUCGUUGCGGCUGAGCGGUGACGGCGGCCGCGGUGUGGCGGACGGCGGCGACGACGACGGCGGCGGCGGUAGCGGCAGCUUCUGGGGCAGCAGCAGCUCCGGGUUCGCCACCGCCCCCGCGGGCGGGAAUAUCUCGAUGGGCUUCCCGAGCAGCGGUGGUAGCAGCACCGGCUCUCUCCACGAAUCCAGCGGUGGCGGCGGCAGCCGCAGCAACGGAGCAAGCCCGGCCAUGCACGGCAUGAGCGCCCCCAAGUCGCUGCACAGCAGCAGGUCCGCCUCCCGUCUCAUCGGCGGAAGCGCGGCCGGCUACUACGACGACCACGGCGUUCGCACGGGCGGCGGCGGUGGCCUGCCUCACGGCGCUUCGUUGCUGCGGCCCGGGUCUGCGGGUCCCUCCUCGCGCAGCGCGAGCAGCUCGCUGAUGCCCCCCCCGCCCGACGACAUCGUGACCAGCAGCAGCUUCCACGAGCUCAGCAGCAGCGGCAUGGCUGGAAGCAUCCGGGCCAGCAUGAUGGCGCGCAAGUCGUCGUACGACGAGCGCAGGGUGGCCCCGAGCUGGCUGGACGGCCGCGACGGCGCCGCUGCUCCCGGUGGCGGCGGGGACGCUUCCCACGCCGGGGUCAGGGGAGCGAUCUCCCGCCCGACUGAUCUGCGCAUCAACCACCCUUACGGCGGAGGAGGCCGCGACGCUGCCGGUGACGGCGCAGGCAUCGACGGCGCCAGGGAUGCGUCGACGUGGGCAGCAGCAGCAGGAGCAGCAGCAGUAGCUGGGCGCGGAGGCAACAGCGGCGCGGCUGCUGCGCCGGCUGCUAGUGCUUUUGCUGCAGGCGGCGGCGGAGGCGGCGGCGGCUCCUCCGCAGCGGAAGACAUGACGGCGAUGAUGUGCGCCGAGUUCGCGCUGCUCACCCCCAAGAGGGCGCUCGAGCAGCAGCAGCGGCAGCAGUCAUCCGGCCUGACGAGGUCUUUGGACAUGUGGCCCUCUUCCUCGUCCUCCGCGGGCUGGGCGUCCCAGAGCGGGGGCGGUGCCGAGGCCCGCAGCAGCGGCGCCCGCGCGGUGGUAACCCGCGCCGGCAGCGCCAACAGCAGCAGCGGCGGGUCCGGGGGGGCCGCGGUGGGGAGCGAGGUGGGUUCCCCGGAGGGUCCAAGCGCUUCGAGAGUGGCCGGGGCAGCCGUCGCCGCCGCCGGCGGAGACGACGCGGACGAGAACAGCGCUGCCAGCGGCGGCAGCGGCGGCGGUGGGAGGCAGGGCAGCGUCCGCGCGGCGUUCGGGGCGACUCUGGAUUCGGCGGCCGGCGGGGGCGGCGGGGGUGGAGGUGAAGCCUGUAUCGGCGGAGGCACCUUCGAUUCCAGCUUUCCUCUCAGGGCGGUUGGCGACUCGAGACGCGUCAACGGCAGCAACGGCGCCGGCGGCGGCAACGGUAACGGUGGAGUCGAGGCCCAGCGCUACGACUCGCCCCUGAUGAAGACGAGCUCGUUCUUCGGCGACGACCUCAUGGGGGAGGCCCUCGAAGACACGGGAGCGUCGCUGUCCUCGUCCAUGCCCGAGAACCUCAAUACCCUCCACCACCAGCACCACCGAAACCAUCACCACCCUGGCGGCGGCGCGUUCAGCACGGGCGCGUCUCCCUCUCGCGGCGGCGGCGGCGGAGGCGGAGGCCGCGGUGGCGGCGGCGGGGUCGUCGGGAAGUCAUCGCCUGGGCCCCUUGACGGGUCUUCCCUAGCCGCCGCGCUCCAAAACCAGCUAUCGUUCUGA